UUUGGACGCCUGGUGAGCGUCGAAAAAUCUGUAAUUUUGGUGUGAAUAAAAUGAUAUCAAUAAACAUUAUUAUUACAAAAUAGUAGUUUAUAAGACGGAGAACGUGUAAGACACAACAUGAGUAACAUUUACAUACAAGAACCACCUGCAUUGGGCAAGGUGUUAUUAAAAACUACAGCGGGAGAGAUUGACAUAGAACUAUGGACCAAGGAGGCUCCGAGGGCUUGUCGCAACUUCAUACAAUUGUGUAUGGAAGGAUAUUAUAAUGGUACAAUAUUCCACAGAGUUAUACCAGGGUUUAUCGUGCAGGGUGGGGACCCCAACGGUGAUGGUACGGGUGGAGAGUCCAUCUAUGGUGCCCCUUUUAAGGAUGAGUUCCACUCCCGACUCCGCUUCAACCGGCGAGGUUUAGUAGGCAGUGCGAACGCGGGCAAGGAUGACAACGGCUCACAGUUCUUCUUCACGCUAGCUGCAACACCGGAGCUGCAGAACAAACAUACAAUCUUUGGGAAGGUCACUGGAGAAACAAUAUACAACGUCCUGAAACUGUCGGAGGGUCUAAUAGGCCCCGACGAUCGACCAGACCAUCCCCACAAGAUCACAAGCACGACGGUAAUUAUCAACCCUUUCACUGACAUCGUGCCGAGGGUACAAGAGACCAGAGAAGAAGAUAAACCGAAGAAGAAGAAGAAGGAACGGGUUGGGGUUAAGAACUUUGGUCUUCUCUCAUUCGGUGAGGAGGCUGAAGAAGAUGAGGGUGAGGCUGCGGAGUACAGAGGGAAGCCCAAGUCUACGCACGACCUGCUGGAAGACCCCAAGUUGAGCAGUAAAACUGCUGCCGAACUGGAAUUAGAAGAACAAAAACCUUUACCCGAGCCCACAGAAGAAGAAAAAGAAGAGAAAGUAAAAGAAACAGCAGCAACAGUAAGCAAUAUAAGAGAUAAAUUAAGUUCUAAGAAGCGAGGGAAGUCUCCAGAAGGAGAUAGUAAGAGACAGAAGACGGAAGAUAAAAGAUCUAAGAAGAAAGAAGAGAAAACAGUUGAAGAGAAGAGAGAAGUUUCGGAUAGUGAUUCGGAGAUUGAAGAGUAUUAUAUUGGGAAGGAGAAGAAUGAUGCGAGGCAGAAGGAGAAAGAAAGAAUACAAAGCGAAAUAAAGCAGCUGCGUAAAGAAAUGAAAAAUUCAAAAGAAGAGAAGAUAAAAGAACAGAAUUUGAAAGAACAGACUGAAAAAGAAGAUGGUAAGGGCGAUAAGAAGUCGGCAAAAGACAAUGAAAUGUACCAGAAGUAUGUAGAAGAACAGGAGAAGUAUAGAAAGAUGAAGGAGAAGUUGCCUAAGAAGGGUGCUGCCAGAAACCCCCGCACGAAGCAGCCUAAACAAGUCCACAAGCGAAAACCAUGGGUCAAGAACCUGUACGAAAACCGCGAAUAUCCAGACAACUAUACCGAUAAAAAUUUCCUUCAAGAACUGCGCAAAAAUUUGAACAUCGAAAAAGUAACCUUACCCCAAGCCAUUCAAGGCUCAUUUCGAGUCGCACUACGCUUAUGUAUAUGCGUUUUAUACGCUAUUAUAUACGUCUAUAUGUAUAACAACUGGGUUCACACAUACACAGUAAUAUACACGUCCAUUAUAGCUACUUUAUUCAGCUAUUUGCUGUAUAUAUGUUUCGCUGGGUCCGCCAUUUUGAGGCAUUUAAAGACUGUUCUGGUUUACCUAAGUAUUGGUUAUUUACUGUCUCCGAUUUUGCAUACUUUAACUGAUACAGUAAGUACAGACACAAUAUACGCUUGGGCUGUGAUCAUGAUGAUCAUUCAUUUGAUAUUUUUUGACUACAAUGUGCCUGCAGCCUUAGUUUCGAAGUCUUUAUCAAUUAACGCUGCCAUAUUUGCUUCCGUAUGCCUCGUUUCCCGACUUUCGACGCCUUUUGACGCGUUCGUUCUGCUAACAAUCUCCGUCAUACUAUUUGUAUUAAGUCCUCAGCUGUUUAAAACCAUUUUGCAAACAAAAUUGUUCAAUAUCAUAUAUAUAGUUACUCUUAUAUUUACAAUUGUGGGUUUAUAUACCGUCUCAAUGACAUUGUUGUGUUAUUUCGCGAUUGUAGUCUUUAUUCUUAGUUGUUAUUGUCCAUUUUUGUUUGUAUAUUGGCAGAAAUAUAAGGAUAAUAAAUAUGGGCCGUGGGAUGAGGCUGUGAUCAAUGAUUCUGAUGACUUGGAGGAGUGCUUGUAUGUCAAAUCGUAGUGUUAGGUUAGAUUGCACGGUUGGUGCGGUGGCUGGACAACCGGCUGCCGCACGACGUGUUGUGGGUUCGAUUUCCGCGCGGAACAACUCUUUGUGUGUAGUAUAGAAAAUAAAUAUUGAUUCAGUACAGAUACAGUAUCUGUUGUUGUAUUUAAUUGUUUGCUUUGUAACUUAGCCAUAUUUCUUGUAAACAGAAGUCUCUGUACUCAAUUAAUCUUUGUUUACUUACCUGCAUAUUAUAUUUAUUUGGGUGGGUAUACACAUAUAUAAGAUGAGAUAUAUAUGCGUGAAAAUACUGAGUAAAGCUCUACUAGUUUCGAGCCAUGGAGGGGUUCUUCCUCAUGAGCAGCGUGCUCGGCCGCGGUAAUGGCGAAGACAAUAAUUUCACGUGAGUAACCCGCGGCUUUUAGUUAAUUUAGUAUGUCUCAAUUUAUUACUAUAUCUUUUAUUGCUAAUAUUAAACUUAAAACCCAGGUCAGGCAAAAUAAUUAAUUGUUGAUUUUUUCAAUUUUGUA